AUGAAAAAGAACGUAGCUGGCGAGACUAAUUUGCAGAAAAUGAGAUCAAUAAAAUACUUUCGUGUCCGGCGAAUUCAUCGCCUACAGUUCAUCACAGGAAAAUCAGUACGGGGGAAGUUCACCACGAAGAAAAUUGGUCGCUUGGAAAGUUCACCACGAGGAAAGUUCACCGCGAGGAAAGUUCGCCGCAGGGAAAGUCCACCGCGAGGAAAGUUCGCCGCAGGGAAAGUUCACCGCGGAAAAAAGAUCACCACUAGGAAGGUUCACCGAACGUUCACUGCGAGUAAAGUUCGCCGCGAGGUAAGUUCACCACCAGGAACGUUCGCCGCAGGAAACGUUCACCGCGAGGAAAGUUCGCCGCGAGGAAAGUUCACCGCCAGGAACGUUCGCCGCAGAAAACGUUCACCGCGAGGAAACGUUCGCCGCGAGGAAAGUUCACCGCCAGGAACGUUCGCCGCAGGAAACGUUCAUCGCGAGGAAACGUUCGCCGCGAGGAAUGUUCACCACAGGGGGAAGUUCGCCGCGAGGAAAGUUCGCCGCGAGGAAAGUUCGCCGCGAGGAAACGUUCACCGCGAGGAAAGUUCGCCGCAUGGAAAGUUCACCGAGAGGAAAAUUCACUGCGAGGAAAGUUUGCCGCGAGGAAAGUUCACCGCAGGAAAAGUUCACAGCAAGGGCAGUUCGCCACGAGGAAAGUUCAUCUCGAAAAAGGUUCACCACGAGGGAAGUCCAACUCUACCUCUCUUUCUCCCUCCCUCUCUCACUCCUUCUUUCCUUCUUCCCCUGUCUUUCUCUCUAUCCCUCUUUCACUCUUUGUCCUUCUCUCUCCCUCUCUCUCCCCUUUCCUCUACUUCUCUCUCCCCCUCUCUCUCUUUCUUUUUCACUCUCUCUUUCUCUCACUCCUUCUCUCUCCCUCCAUCUUUUUACUUUUUCCAAUCUAUCUAUCUAUCUAUCUAUUUAUCUAUCUAUCUAUCUAUUUGUCUGUCUGUAUAUUAUCUAUCUAUCUAUCUAUCUGUCUGUCUGUCUAUCUCUCUGUAUAUUAUCUAUCUAUCUAUCUGUCUAUCUAUCUAUCUAUUUCUGUGUGCGUAG